CACACACACACACACACACACACACACACACACACACACACAGAGACAGACAGACACACACACACACACAGAGACAGUGGGCUGUUCCAUGGUUCUGUAGUUUGGUGGUUAUAGACGGUCUUUACGGUCUCAGAGGGUCUGUUGCGGGUCAAGGAUGUGGCUCCGCCUCUUUUUCUUGCUGCUGUACUUCCUGCUGCUCUUCAUGCUGGCGAGGAUCUUCGAGGCCGUGGUCUGGUACGAGACCGGGAUGAUCUCCACCCAGCUGGUGGACCCGGUCUCUCUAAGCUACAAGAAGCUGAAGACCAUCCUGGAGACUCGGGGACUCGGUUACUCGGGACUCGCCGAGAAGAGGGACGUGAGCGAGCUUGUGGAGAAGUCAGGUGAGCUGACUCACGGCGAGCUGUACUCUGCCAUGAAGAAGGAGACGGAGCAGACAGACGCUGGAGACUUGAGCAGCACAAACUUCAGUGGAGAGAUGCACUUCUACGAGUUAGUGGAGGACACCAAAGAUGGAAUCUGGCUCGUUCAGGUCAUUGCUCAGGACCGGGACGCUCUGCUCAGUCCGUCCAACUGGGGGAAGAUGGUGCAGAAAGUGUCCCAGUUUGGGAUCAGAACUGGAACCUUUAACUGCUCCAAUGACUACAGGUCGUGUAUCAGGCGGGGCUGGCAGCGCUCCACUCUCAUCAUGUCGGUCCCUCAGACGUCGUCAUCCAAGGGAAAAGUAAUGCUCAGAGAAUACAACGGCCGGCGCAUUGAAACAGAACACAUCUUCCGCUGGAUGACAUCACAUGUUUCUCAGCGGAUCAAAACCCUGCGUCAGUCUGAGCAGUUGAAGGAGGAGUGGUGCUUUGACCCCGCCCACCCAGUGAAGAUGUUUCUGUUUGCACGUCUGGCGCAGCCGCCCGCCUUCUUCUCCUCGUUGUCCGUCAAGUUCACCGGUAGGAUCGACUUCAUCUUUGUGGACAUCCGUCACUGGGACAACUACAGCAGCCUAUCAGAAAUCGGCGUGACACAGGGCCCCGCCUACAUCCUCAAGAUGCCUGAAGGCAUUUAUCGCUAUGGCAACAGUACAGGGGAGUUCCUCUCCCUGGUUGCCAUGGAUACGUUCCUGCGGUCUGUGCAGCCAGAAGUCAACGAUCUGUUCGUUCUUAGUCUGGUUCUGAUCAACCUGCUAGCCUGGAUGGACCUCUUCAUCACUCAGGGAGCGACAGUGAAACGGUUUGUUGUUCUGAUCCGGACUCUUGGAACAUACAACUCCAUCCUGCUGGUGUCCUGGCUUCCUGUUCUGGCUCUCCUGCAGCUGCCCUACCUGGACGCUCUGUAUGGCUACAGUCUGAAGCUGCUGCGGUACGCUGACACCACCUCCCUGGCCAGUCUGGUGAGAGCGGACUGGACCUUCUACUCGUCACACCCGGCUCUCUUCCUGUCCACAUACCUGGUGCACGGCCUGCUGGUCGACUACUUUGAGAAAAAACGACGCUGUGCCGUCAGAAAUCAGGAGGACAGCACCACCAACCUUGAGUGGCUGGCCAGUCUGUGGGACUGGUACACCUCCUACCUCCUCCACCCGAUCGCCUCUCUCCAGCAGCUCCCGUCUGACCACUCCGACUGGGACGAGGAUCCAAACUUCUUAUUGGAGCGGCUGGCAUUCCCCGAUCUCUGGCUCCGCCCAUUAGUAAACAUGGACUACAGUAAAGCCCUGCCCACAUGGAGGUUUAGAGCUCACUGCAGGGUGGAAGGGGCGGGGUCUGACGAAGAGAUGGACAAAGAGACGGACAGUUCAAGGUCAGACUCGGAGAGCAGCGAGCAGACGGAUGAAUCACAUGACAGAGGUCCACCCAGCGGCAGGGAGCCCCAGGGAUCAUCCUCAGCCCAGGACAGCAGAACACACACUGACCACGCAGCAUCAAGCUGUCGUCAUGGUAACAGAGACUUAACAUCGGCUGACAGGCUGCCAGAGCAUCUGCCCUGUGAUUGGUCGGUAUGGCCGCGUGACGUGCUGCAUUGCUCGGAGUGUGUGGUCUGUCUGGAGAACUUUAUGAACGAGGAGUUACUGAUGGGUCUGCCCUGUGGCCACGCCUUCCACCAGCAAUGCAUUAUGGUCUGGUUAGCGUCGGGCCGACACUGCUGCCCCGUGUGUCGCUGGCCAAGCUACAAGAAGAGGCUGCAGAGGGCAGCACCGAGCAGCUCAGCUGAACACUCAGUGCAAGAGUGAUACAACUCUCUUCUCCGUGCUUCUUCUCUCUAUUCUAAUGCUUAGUGACUCUGAGUCCGUUAGCAGCACAGCUAGCUUAGCACCGAGCAGCUCAGCUGAAAAAAACUGCAGGACUGAUAAAACUGAAUCUUCUAUGCUUUUCCUCUCCUCUCUGUUAUCUUUGUCUUAUUAAGCUGUCUGGUGACAAACUGGUCUACAACAACAUCCUACCCUAGCUAGCCUCAAAGCUAGCUCAGCACUUCUCUGUUAUCUGUACAGCAUGCAUGGGGUGAAGUUAUGACGGGGGGGGGGGGUUGCAGAACAUAGACUACAAAACAUGGACGUAGUUUCAGUGGCACCACUCAUUGGUUUCUGAAUGUGUGUUUUAAGCCCAACGAUGGCGAUCCCCAUGUUUGAAAUGCUGUCUGUCUUUAACUUUCAGUCAGCCUAGUAACGGUGAAGCUGAGGCGAAGCUCGUUGCCUCCUGACAAAUCGCUACAACACACCCGCUUGCAAUCAAAUCAGUCACGCCUCUAAUGCAUAACUCUUAUCCUUUGAAGAAACUGAAACCAGAGAGUUAUUUAAUCACCCCUCUUAGAUGUGUUCUGAUGAAGACAGACACUAUUCAGACCAAAAUAACCAGGCUGUUAACAUGUUGAUUUCUGCUGUCAAAAUGGGCAUUUCAGCGUGGGUGAGUACGAGACUUCAGGGGCUUUUUGCUGCCAGCCUCAAGUGGACACUCAAGGAACUGCAGUUUUUUGUACUUAAGCAUUGAGGGAUUCAAUUUUGAUUGGUGAAGACGGGGUGAAGACUUGUCUCUGGAGGCUGGAAGACUGGACUGGGGAUGGGUGAAGACUGUGCUGGGGAGGGGUGAAGACUCAAUUGAGGAGGGGUGAAAGUAAGGUGAAGACGGGUGAUAUUCUGUUGAUAUCAGGUCUGAUGUUGUGUCACCUCAUGUACAGCAGUGUACUUUCAUGACAGAAAGUUAAAAUGAUCAAAACUCUGUCAGUGUUGUUUAAAGAGGAAACAGUCAGAGGAGACGUCACAGUAAACUUCUUCGUGCAAUAAAACAUGUCUGUAAUGUG